CACGCCGGAAGGGGCGGGGCCAGAUUUGGCUUUAUAUAGCGGGCACCGAAGGCCGACCGGCCUCUACCGGCGGGAUUUGAUGGCGUGAUGUCUCACAGAAAGUUUUCCGCUCCCAGACAUGGGUCCCUCGGCUUCCUGCCUCGGAAGCGCAGCAGCAGGCAUCGUGGGAAGGUGAAGAGCUUCCCUAAGGAUGACCCGUCCAAGCCGGUCCACCUCACAGCCUUCUUGGGAUACAAGGCUGGCAUGACUCACAUCGUGCGGGAAGUCGACAGGCCAGGAUCCAAGGUGAACAAGAAGGAGGUGGUGGAGGCUGUGACCAUUGUGGAGACGCCACCCAUGGUGGUUGUGGGCAUUGUGGGCUACGUGGAAACCCCUCGAGGCCUCCGGACCUUCAAGACUGUCUUCGCUGAGCACAUCAGUGAUGAAUGCAAGAGGCGUUUCUAUAAGAAUUGGCAUAAAUCUAAGAAGAAGGCCUUUACCAAGUACUGCAAGAAAUGGCAGGAUGAGGAUGGCAAGAAGCAGCUGGAGAAGGACUUCAGCAGCAUGAAGAAAUAUUGCCAAGUCAUCCGUGUCAUUGCCCACACCCAGAUGCGCCUGCUCCCUCUGCGCCAGAAGAAGGCCCACCUGAUGGAGAUCCAGGUGAACGGAGGCACUGUGGCAGAGAAGCUGGACUGGGCCCGCGAGAGGCUCGAGCAGCAGGUACCUGUGAACCAAGUGUUUGGACAGGAUGAGAUGAUCGACGUCAUCGGGGUGACCAAGGGCAAAGGCUACAAAGGGGUCACCAGUCGUUGGCACACCAAGAAGCUGCCCCGCAAGACCCACCGAGGCCUGCGCAAGGUGGCCUGUAUUGGGGCGUGGCAUCCUGCUCGGGUAGCCUUCUCUGUGGCACGCGCUGGGCAGAAAGGUUACCAUCACCGCACCGAGAUCAACAAGAAGAUCUAUAAGAUUGGCCAGGGCUACCUUAUCAAGGACGGCAAGCUGAUCAAGAACAAUGCCUCCACUGACUAUGACCUGUCUGACAAGAGCAUCAACCCUCUGGGUGGCUUUGUCCACUAUGGUGAAGUGACCAAUGACUUUGUCAUGCUGAAAGGCUGUGUGGUGGGAACCAAGAAGCGGGUGCUCACCCUUCGCAAGUCCUUGCUGGUGCAGACGAAGCGGCGGGCUCUGGAGAAGAUUGACCUUAAAUUCAUUGACACCACCUCCAAGUUUGGCCAUGGCCGCUUCCAGACCAUGGAGGAGAAGAAAGCAUUCAUGGGACCACUCAAGAAAGACCGAAUUGCAAAGGAAGAAGGAGCUUAAUGCCAGGAACAGAUUUUGCAGUUGGUGGAGUCUCAAUAAAAGUUAUUUUCCACUGA